AUGGCCACACUGACACAAACACCAGUGCCGAUGUCACACGAUAAUGGUAUUGCUGCACAAGAUGCCAACCUUACUGAUAAUGCCAUGGUUCUGCCUAAGCAAGAUACAACGCUCUUCCCCUUGCCCACUUCCCUCCCCAUACUCAAGGAUCAUUUCGACGUAGAAGCUGCUCCUAGAACUCUGCUACCAAACGCCGAAGUAUCUCUUUUUGGAGCUGGAGAUGUAGAUGCAUCGGAACAGGAACCUGCUGAUUUCGACAGAAUGGUAUUCCGCAAGUAUGGCAGUACGGAUGGGCGACUUGAAGAUGAUGAGGAGGGCACUUCUAUGAAACCUGACCGUCAAAAAGUAGUACUACCUGCCAGAAAAGACUCGAAGUUUAAGGAGUUCAAGAAUCCUGAUGAGGAAGCGGCUGUUGUGAAACGCAUUUUGGAGGAAGUAUGUCCUCCUUCGGCGUUAAGAGUGAAUUCACCUCCAAGACCCAUUGAGAACGAAGCUGCUGUUGUAAAGCGGAUACUAGCCGAAGUCUGCCCCUUGUCUUCGUUGCCAGCGCAUUCAUCGUCUUCUGCAAUGCCAACUAAGGAAGAUGGCACAGCUGAGACAUUUUCAAAUAGUCGCAAACGACAACCAUAUAAAAAGAGGACAAAAGGUAGAGCGAAAACGAUUAAAAAGGAGGAGAACGAGUACGUGCCUGAUUUAGAAAAAGCUGGGCGACCACGGGGACGGCCGAAGAAAAAUGGUGCUACUUCGACUCCCAGAACGAACAGGAAAUCAUUUGAUAGGAGAUUUGCGAUGAGUGCUGAUCGGCACGGGCGUCCUCGUCGUGCUGCCUCUAUGAUACAGGAUUUCCUAGAGCUGUAUGCGAAAGUUGAUUUGUGUGAUCUUGAGGAAGUACACGCAAGGGCUACUACAUUUGUGAGAAUGUUGGUAGAUGAAUAUGCUACAACGAGCAAGGAGGUUGCAAAGAAGUCGCCAAUCAAACAGGAAGCUAGAAGUUCUUUUGAAGGAAAUGACGGAGAGAAGGUAAAUGGAAGCUCUGCUUCACUAGCGGAAGGCUGUUCGAAUUGCAUGGAUACUGAUUUUAAACAUGAAGAGAUGGAUGUCGCAAUGGACACAAAUGCUAAUGAUGAUGAAAGCAUCGAUGAGGCAGGUAGCUCAGGAGAGAACGUGGUAGCGCAUGGCGACGAAAGCAACACCGAGGGUGAGGCUGAAGGUCAUGUCGGAGUAGCUGGAUUCGAAAGCGUAAAAAAGGAACUUCCCGACAACUUCAUUGACUCAAUUCCUGUUCUGAGAGGAGCGGCUCUACAAGCUGUACCAACAUCAGCUGACUCUGUGCUCAGAUAG